AAAAAAGUUUCAGUUUCCAUAAAACUGCAGACAGAGGGUUUGGUGGGGAGUAGCAGAGAAGUAAACGUGGGACAGGUGGAGCAGAAAAAGCAAACAGGGGUCAAAGAAGCAGAUCUGGAAGCAGUUCUUAAGGUGCAUGUUUGUGUGUGUGUUUAGGAAGCUGAGCUGUGUGUGAAGAUGAGGCUGAGCGGUGUGCUGGUGUGUGUGCUCCUGCUGUGGGUGGAAGGGUCUUUAGGGGACACACCAGCCAACUGCACCUUUGAGGACCUUCAGGGGACAUGGGUGUUUCAGGUGUCCAAAGGAGGACGCGACAAGACCAUCAACUGCUCCUCCGAAGCUACCGGUGAGAGCACGGUGACUGUGACCCUGGAGAAGCUGUUUACAGCCUCAGAUGAGCUGGGGAACACCGGCUUCUUCACCCUCAUCUACAACCAGGGCUUUGAAGUGGUCAUCAAUGGGUACAAAUGGUUCGCCUUCUUCAAGUACACUGAAGACGGCUCUAAGGUGACCAGCCUCUGUGACCAGACCUUGCCAGGGUGGGUCCAUGAUGUCCUGGGAAACAACUGGGCCUGUUUUGCGGGGAAGAAAGUGAAAUCGGUACCACCCCGGGUAGAUUACAAACCAGUCUUCAACAGCGGGAUGCUCCAGAAACCGUACAAAAACAACAUGGACUUCAUUGACGCCAUCAACUCUGUUCAGAAGUCCUGGAAGGCUGUGUCCUACCCAGAGCAUGAGAUGUACACUCUGAAGGAGCUGCACUUCCGAGCAGGAGGCCCCGCCUCCCGAAUCCCUGUCCGUGUUCGCCCCAUGCCUGUGAAAGCUGAGGUAGCCAGGGUGGCAGCAGCUCUACCUGAGCACUGGGAUUGGAGGAACGUUGACGGCGUUAACUUCGUCAGCCCUGUGCGAAACCAAGCAUCAUGUGGAAGCUGCUACUCCUUUGCCUCUAUGGGAAUGUUGGAAUCUCGGAUUCGAAUCCUCACCAACAACAGCGAUACUCCAAUCCUCAGCCCGCAACAAGUGGUCUCCUGUUCUGAAUACUCUCAAGGUUGCGAUGGUGGGUUCCCUUACCUGAUCGGGAAGUAUGUGCAGGAUUUCGGCAUUGUGGACGAGUCAUGCUUUCCGUAUACUGGAAUGGACUCUCCAUGCGGCGUUCCUCAAAACUGCCGCCGCACUUACACCGCAGAAUACAGCUACGUCGGGGGAUUUUAUGGGGGCUGCAAUGAGAUGGCCAUGAUGUCGGAACUGGUCAAGAACGGACCAAUGGGAGUGGCCUUUGAGGUCUACCCCGACUUCAUGGUCUAUAAGGAGGGCAUCUACCACCACACCGGCCUCACAGACCCCUUCAAUCCCUUCGAGCUGACCAACCAUGCCGUGCUGCUGAUGGGCUACGGCCGCUGCCACAAGACCGGACAGAAGUACUGGAUCGUCAAGAACAGCUGGGGCACCGGCUGGGGCGAGGGCGGCUACUUCCGAAUCCGCCGGGGCAGCAACGAGUGUGCCAUCGAGAGCAUCGCUGUCGCAGCCAACCCCAUCCCCAAACUAUAGAGGCUGUAGACCAAGGAUGAAAGGAAUGAGUGGUUUUAAUAUCCAACCACUGCAGAUGCAGUUAAACCAGGCAUCUGUAGUCCUACUUACAUCAGUUAAAAGCAUAAAUAGACACAAAUUCUCUGUUUUAAUGGGUUUUUUCUUUUCAAGUAUUGACAUAUACCCUUCAAAGCAGAUUUUAAUCAAAGGGAAACUUUUAUUCUGCUCUUUUAAUGCCUUGAAUUGAGCUUGUCAGCCUACAAUGCUGCUUCAAUUUUUAACAAUGUUUCUUGAUUUCAACAAUCCCUGAUUAGCUGCCUAUGAAUGAUUUUAAUUCAAGCUGUAACUGCCAACUCCAGUUUUCGAUCAAAAUGCAUCAGCACCUACUGUGACAAAUCCUGAUUUAAAGGGAACUGGCAGCCAAGGAGUCAGUGUUAGUGUUUGCUCGCCAGGUGCAGGACCUUGAUUCUUUGUCUCAGGGAAGCAACAGUGGAGAGUUGUAAUAUAUUCUGUCCUUACAUCAAAUUGAAACCGUGACUGCCAUGUUUUUCUGUGAGGCAAUUUGAAUGAGCUCCCUGCGGAGCAUUUUAAAGGGAAUUCUUAUUCAAUCAAUAAGGGGACGUAAGUGAUUGUAACGCCUUUUAUUCUGAUUUGCACUGUUCACUGUAUCAACAGAAUAAAAGCAUUUAAAGAUGAA